CAGUUGUGUCGCGCCAGUCUCCUUUUUGUGCGGCAGAUGAAGCGCUGUAGCCUGGCAUACCGUUGGUGGUUUCAAGGUGGUGGCCUUGCUGACCGAAUCUAUGCUCGUGGCGUUCAGCAGUGUGCCUCGGCCACUGAACCAUGGCAUAUAAGGUACUAGUAUGGUGUUUGUUUCUGAUUUCUUCCUUUCCAGCCAGUGCCUGUGAUUCUCAUUCCAAUUGAGACGGUGUACAGAUCCUAUUCUCUGCUGUCGUCCUAGGUCGAGGGUCCUGAGACCGUGACUUGCGCUCGUUGUACCGGAUUGGUGGCCGAAACCGUUCCCUAAGUUCGUGGUUGCUGUUCAACAUGCCCUACAAAUCCCGUUGGACAGUCCCCGUGCCGGAUUGCUCCUUACAGACCUUCCUCUUCGAGUCUCCAGAUCAUCCCCUAGGGUCGAAACGGAGUUUCAUCGACGCUGCUCGCCCGGACACUCACUAUCUCACACGCGACCAGUUUCGGUUAUGGGCCCAACGGUUCGCGUUAGGGCUACACAGGUCCAAACACUACCGGAAGGGCGACCGUGUCCUACUCUACAGUGGCAAUGACCUCUUCGUGCCCGUGGUUUUCAUGGGCGUCGUGUGUGCAGGCGGCAUCUUCACCGGUGCCAAUCCCACGUUUGUGGCGCGUGAACUGGCCCACCAGUUGAAGGAUAGCGGCGCCACUUACCUGCUCUGCGCCGACGGCUCCAUAGACACAGGCAUCGAAGCAGCCAGAUUGGCCGGGCUGGACCCUUCCGAGCGCGUGUUCGUCUACAACGCCAACAUCUACGAUGCACAAACAGAAACCCGCGGCUUGAAGGGAUGUCGAUACUGGAGCGAGCUGAUUGCUCCGGAGCAGGACGCCAGGGGGUUCCAAUGGGACGACCUGACUGGACCAGGGGAGUCCGACACGACGAUUGCCCUCAACUACAGCAGCGGAACCACAGGUGUGCCCAAAGGCGUGGAAAUCACGCACAAAAACUACAUUGCCAACACGAUCCAAGUGGCUCAUCUUGCAACGCUAUGGCCUGACGCUGAAGCCCGCAUCGCGCGUGCAUCCUGGCUCUGUUUCCUUCCCUUGUACCACGCCUAUGGACAGACCCGCUUCGUGGCUGGCGGCUUCCACCGCGAGAUUCCAGUCUACAUCAUGUCCAAGUUCGACCUGAUCAAGUCCCUCGAGUAUGUGCAGAGAUUUCGCAUCACCGAACUCGCCCUGGUUCCGCCCAUUGCCGUUCUCCUCGCUAAACACCCGGCGGUCGACCAGUACGACUUGACUUCUGUCGAAUCAGCCGGGUCAGGAGCCGCACCUCUGGGCAGGGACAUUAGCGAACAGGUCGAGCGGCGGUUAGGCAAUCAAUUCAACUUCAAGCAAGGAUGGGGCAUGACCGAAUGUACCUGUUCAUUACUAGGUUGGGACCCGAGAUUGACGUCCACCAACCAUUCCGUCGGCGAGCCCAACGCCAACUGCGAAGCCAAGAUCAUGACCGAGGACGGCACGCGCGAGAUCACCGAGCGGGGCCCCUCGGCCGUGGGCGAGCUGUGGUGUCGAGGACCCAACAUCAUGAAAGGCUACUGGAACAAUCCCAAAGCGACGGCUGAGACACUGACGCCGGACGGCUGGCUGAAAACAGGCGACAUUGCCUACGUCGACGACGAGGGGAUGUUCUUUAUUGUCGAUCGGAAAAAGGAACUCAUCAAAGUCAAGGGCAACCAGGUCGCCCCUGCGGAGCUCGAGGCCUUACUUCUCGAACACCCCGGCAUCGCCGACGCCGCCGUCAUCGGUAUGCCGACCGAAGACGGCGACGAGAAGCCUCGUGCCUUUAUUGUCCGUCAGGUCGGUGAGCGAGGCGCCAAACUGACGGCCGAGGAAGUCGCAGACUUUGUCGCUACCAAGGUAGUCCGCUACAAGAGGCUGGCCGGUGGUGUCGAGUUCCUCGAUGCCAUCCCCAAGAACCCAUCCGGCAAGAUCUUGCGCAGGCAAUUGAGGGAUCAGGCAAGGGAAAGGUUAAGGAGACAAGGGGCCAAGCUGUGAUGAAAUCGCCAAAUGCAGGACUAAAUUUUGGACAGGGUGUUUUGUUUGUCCUACAGUAUCGAACCCUAUUCCUACGCCAUGUGUGGAAUGUGCGAGGGCUCUUUCUUGACCACUGGGCUGUGACAGCACCGCGGCUUUUUGUUAUUUUUCCAUUGCGCAUAUACAAUUGCUUGGAAAGAGAAAUUGAAUUUAUAUGAAAUGCAUCAAAGAGACGCGGGCAAUGAUUAUUGGGUAUGGCAGAAUGGCAGAACACCACCAAUGGAUCUACAUGUGCAAGAGCAUACAUGGUCACAAUGUAUGUCAGGAUAAAAGAUUGCUUUUGGUCUAUUUGUUACAGCCCAAUGGCAUACCUCGUCAGUCUAUAAACGGGUCGCUCUUCCUUGUGCCUAGCACAUCACCCUCUCACCUGACAAGCAGAGUUCUUGUAGUUAUGCGAGGAUGUUCUUCUUUUGCC